UGUCCGAACAGACCAAGAUCAUGGCAGUCCUUGGGUCCCUGCUGCCAUCCCUGCGGCUGUUUCUGUGCCUCGGAAUGCUGUUUAUUUCUGCCAGCUCUGCAAAUGACAGUGACAGAUGCAUGUCCUUCAGUGCUGUCGUCCCCACCACUGGCAUCAUGGCCAGUUCAGAUGUUUACGAAGACAACAAGGUCUACACAAUACUUGUUCCUGUGAGUUCCAGGACCCGUUCAGUGGUCCUGCGAGCACUGGACAUGAAUAACAACUCCAUAGGCUUCUGGCACAGAGCAGACCUGGCCUGCAACAGCAGCGUCCUAUACUUCCUCCAGGGCACACAUGAAGGGUCCUUCCAGGCCAGUUGGACAUCUCCUCCUUCCACAAACGUAACAACAGUUGAGAUACAAGCCUUUGCUGUCAAUGUACAAAAAAUGGCUACAUUUUCUUCUCUGAAACUGAAGAAACAAGCAAUGACCACACCGUCAGAGUCCAUGAUCUCCACGACCAGGCCAACCACAACCCGAAUCCUGACCACAACCCAAAUCCCAACCACAACCCGAAACCUAUAUCCAACCUCAACUCCAACUGCAACCAAAAGCUUGGCCAACAGAAUCUUCCUCAGCCCCAUCACAGAUGCCAUUCAGAUCCUGCUUGUCUUUCUCACCAGCAAACUCCUCUUCUAGAGGAUACUAGAACAAUUGUUCCUGCAUCUACUGCAUCCUCCUAAGCUCAAGUUCAAGCCAGGGCUCUGCCACGUGUGUGAAUGAAGGCCUUGUGCUCUCAAUGUACAACUCUACUGCCACUGCUUUGGACCAAAAAGGAGACUGGGUUGAGUAGCCAGUUCAUUCACUGGUGAAUCUGGGGCACACAGAUAUUCGACUGGAUCUUUCAGGACACAAAUAAGGCUUUCUGUAACCACUUA